AUGGUAUGCGUCGUUUGGAUCGGAGCAUUCGGGUUCUCCCAGUACAGCCUCGCUCUAGAACUGGCUGCCGAAGUCACCUUCCCAGUUCCCGGGUCAAUAACCACCGGGUUAAUGAUAAUGCUCAGCCAGCUCCUGUCUGUGAUCUUCGUCUCCGUCAUGCAAGCCGCCGCUACCGACGCCAGCUCAAAUCCAGCUUUCAUUCCAACGUGUGGACCCUCCGAAACACCAAAGUUUACUUUGUCGCAUACUUUCAUUUGA